AUGUCAAAAGAAGACACGAGAGUGGAAUCUGAUGCAGCUGAAUUGCUUUCUUCAUUGUCUUUAGACAAGAAGGAACAGACUGAAGCUACCGUACCAAAAGUUGAUGCAAAAGAAGAUAAAUCAAAUGAUGAGUCCAAACAAACAAUAAAACCAGCAUCUACAGAAGAAUCCAAACCAGCGGACGUAAAAGAUGCUACAAAAAGUGAAGAACAAGAAGCAGAGAGCAAUUUAAUCAAAUCGAGCUACGAGGUUAAGGUCAAAUUAGCCGAUUUACAAGCGGAUCCAAAUUCACCAUUAUAUUCAGUUAAAUCCUUUGAAGAAUUAGGAUUGAGUUCUGAAUUAUUAAAGGGAUUAUAUGCUAUGAAAUUUAACAAGCCAUCAAAGAUUCAAGAAAAGGCGUUACCAUUAUUAAUUUCCAACCCUCCUAAAAAUAUGAUCGGUCAAUCCCAAUCAGGUACCGGAAAGACAGCGGCGUUUUCAUUAACCAUGUUAUCUAGGGUGGAUGAAAGUGACCCAAACACUCAAUGUAUUUGUUUAGCGCCCGCAAGAGAAUUGGCUAGACAAACACUAGAAGUCAUUACCACAAUGAGUAAAUUCACCAAGAUUACAUCACAAUUAAUUGUUCCAGAUGCGAUGCAGAGAGGUCAAUCUACUUGCGCUCAUGUUUUAGUAGGAACGCCAGGUACAUUAUUAGACUUAAUCAGAAGAAAGCUUAUAAAUACCUCUAAGGUGAAAGUGUUUGUGUUAGAUGAAGCUGAUAAUAUGUUGGAAUCUCAAGGUUUAGGAGACCAAUGUGUUAGGGUUAAAAGAACUCUUCCAAAGGCAACCCAAUUGGUUUUAUUUUCUGCUACCUUCCCAGAUGAAGUUCGUAAAUAUGCCGAAAAAUUUGUUCCAAAUGCUAAUUCAUUAGAAUUAAAGCAAGAGGAAUUGAAUGUUGAAGGUAUUAAACAAUUAUACAUGGAUUGUGAUUCCGCAAAUCACAAAUUCGAAGUUUUAAGCGAAUUGUAUGGUUUAUUAACUAUUGGUUCUUCCAUUAUUUUUGUUAAGACCAAAGAUACUGCAAACAUUUUAUACGCUAAGAUGAAGAAAGAAGGUCACAAAUGUUCAAUUUUACACGCUGGCUUAGAAACUAGCGAAAGAGAUAGAUUAAUUGACGAUUUCCGUGAAGGUAGAUCCAAGGUUUUGAUUACCACUAAUGUUUUGGCAAGAGGUAUUGACAUUGCAUCAGUUUCCAUGGUUGUUAAUUACGAUUUACCAGUUGACCAAAAGGGUGCACCUGAUCCUUCGACUUAUUUGCAUAGAAUUGGUAGAACAGGUAGAUUUGGAAGAGUUGGUGUUUCGAUAUCAUUUGUCCAUGAUCAAAAAUCUUACCAAGAUUUAAUGGCAAUUAGAUCAUAUUUCGGCAAUAUUGAAAUGACUAGAGUUCCUACGGACGAUUGGGACGAAGUUGAAAAGAUUGUUAAGAAAGUCAUAAAGAAUUGA